AUGACGGUGGUUUCCGAAUCCUUUACGACUAUUCCAAUCCUCGACUUUUCUCUUUCUACUGCGCCCGAAACAAAAGCCUCCUUUCUUGCUGAUCUCCGCAAUGCGCUCGUCAACGUGGGGUUCUUCUAUCUCACCAACGCGCCUGUCGCACCGCAUGUCACGCAAGAAUUGGUAGCAAAGACGAAAGAGAUAUUUGAUCUUCCGCUUGAAAAGAAGCGGGAAAUUGAAAUGGUCCACAGUAAACACUUCCUGGGCUACUCGCGACUCGGGGCCGAAAUUACUGCUCGAAAGCCAGAUUACCGAGAACAGUUUGAUUUUGCGACAGAGCUGCCUGCUCCGCCCCCAGAGGCGCCUUUGUAUCGCAAUAUUCGAGGUCCAAACCAAUGGCCGGAUGAGGCUGUGAUUCCUGGAUUUCGUCGAUCGGUUGAAGCCUACUUAGCUGAACUGAGCCCCGUAGCGGAUCAAUUCCAGGGUUUGAUCGCCGAAGCUCUGCAUCUCCAUCCUGCAGCAUUAAAGCCGUUCUUUGAAGUUCCUUUGCAACAGAAGAUGAAAUUGAUCAAGUAUCCUCCGCCGUCUACGGAAGCUGAGGCUCAAGGGGUCGGGGCCCAUAAGGAUUCAGAAUUCCUGACCUUCCUUCUGCAAGUUCCCCCCCAUCGUGGACUGGAGGUGCAGAAUAAAUCCGGGGACUGGAUUUCGGCCCCGCCAAUCGAGGGAUCUCUAGUCGUGAAUAUCGGCCGCGCAUUGGAAGCGAUUACUGGCGGUGUAUGCACAGCUACUACUCAUCGCGUGAGUCUGGAGCCCUCCAAUUAUGUAGAUGCGCAAGGUCGACCCUUGGGUCCACGUUUCUCGAUUCCCGUAUUUCAAGGCAUGAGCUUAGACCUGUCAGCGGAGGAUAUCUCUCUGGACAUUCCAGAACACAUUCAAGAUUUGAUCUUGGACAAAAGGGUUCGGUCAGAUGCGGAGGCUACGUUCAAUUCGAUGUUUCGCAGCCGGGUUGGUGAAGGGACCCUGAUCCACCGCGUUAUCAGCCACCAGGAUGUCGGACGUAGGUGGUAUCCGGAGGUAUUGGCACGGGCUUUAGGAGAGUACGACAAGCAGAAUCCACUCUCUUUACAGUAUAUCACGAAAAAAAUGAGAUUAUUCUACGUGCUUGCACUUGUCCUACCCGCAGUCUUUGGAAAAGAUAUUUAUGUCUCUCCUACCGGGUCUGAUAAUGCUGCAGGUACAAUCGAUGCACCGUUGAAGUCCAUUCAGCUCGCUGUCGACCGAGCUACAGGCGGAACGACCAUCUAUCUUAGAGGAGGAAGAUACUCCCCGACCGCAAAUAUCCAAAUCACCAAGAGCGGCACCUCACCGGCACCCUACAUUCUCAGGGCAUAUGGAGGAGAAUCGGUUAUGAUUGAUGGCGAGGGACUUCCCGGAACUCCAGCUGGUUCAGACGCUUCUCUCCCUAACAAGGAACGGGGUAUCCUACAUAUCGAAAAAGCGGACUACUGGGAAUUCUAUGAUCUUGAGUUGAUAAACGGACCCUAUGGAGUUUAUGCGCAGGAUUCAUCAAACAACCACUACGAGCGCAUCGUCACCAGGGAUAAUUACGAAACUGGGUUCCAUUUGCAGGGUGACUCGUCGAAUAAUCUUGUCUUAUACCUCGAUUCGUAUGCGAACCGAGAUCCUCGCAAGAACGGGGAGAGUGCGGAUGGGGAAUUCAAAUCGGGCGUGACAAUCGAAGACACAAUUUCCUGGGGAAAUGGCUUUAAUCGAUGGAACUUUGCUCCCUUUAAAGGCGACGGAAAUGGGUUCAAACUCGGCGGCGGUAAUGAUGGUGAUAUUGGCCCUGCUAACCACCGGGUCAUCAAUUCAAUCGCCUUUGGAAAUUCUAAAGACGGAUUCACAGAUAACUCCCAACCCGGCAAAUUUGAACUACUUCGCAACACAGCGUGGAAUAACGGUGCCAUGGGAUUCAGGUUCCAUACUGCAGCCGCGACUUUGACUGGUAAUAUCGCUGCCUCGAACGGGGAAGCGCCUACCUCGUUAAGUAAGGCUCAAAUCUCCCGGGGAAAUUCCUGGAAUGAUGGCAAGACAUGGAACGAUGCAAGUUUCGUCAGUGUCGAUACGCGUUUGGUGCAGGGGGCGCGCGAUAUUCAUGGGAAGAUUAAGCCAAGUGACUUCUUGCUGCCUACUUCCGGAGGGACCAUUGGGGCGACUACGGAUUGGAAUGAUUGA